AUGGAGUCCUAUGAGAACUGCGUCUGCGGCAGGAGCUUUUCGCAAUCUAGUGCAUUUUCGCAUCAUCAGAGAGCAUGCCAGAAAGCUAAAAAGCGACUCUCUGAUGCACUGCACAAGGCGAAGGAAACAUGGUCUUCCAGGAAAAAGCGUAGGCUUGAAAUUUCGAAGCCUGCAGAGGCACCAGCAUCAAGUUCAAAUACAGUGCUCGUGCAGCCAACACAAGUGGGCAGAGAGGAUGUGGACGCCGUGAACCUAAUGCCGCCCGUGCCAGAAGUGGGCAGAGAAGAUGUGGACGAUUCUAAUCUUUCACUAUUGGAACGCCGACCCUGGUCUCGCAGACUCAAUCGGCGCUUGCCUCGACGGUUCAGAGAUUUACUUCCUGAACCUGCCCCAUCUCUUCCCCCUUCGUCGGUUUCGCCGCAUAAGCUUUCUUCGUUAUCAGAAUCGACAUCUACUUCUUUGAUGGAACAUCCAGUGAAUGCGAUGUCUCCACAAUCUCAUUCAGCUAUCGAGUCAUUGGCUCACAGAAUACAAGGGUUCUUGAUGACACCGCAUAAUAAAUUUGGUUUGUUCCGUCGAUACUGGACAAAUGCUCUUCCUUCGCACGAUCCGGAGGAGCUGCUGUCGUUGGAAGACCUGUCUGAGUCUCCGGGUGCAGUUGAAUUUGCUAAUGAUACUUUCCAGCGAUACUUUCCAUAUCCAAAUGCAACGUCCUUCCGUCUCGGCGACUGGUACUGGAAUGGGGGCGUGCAGAAAUCUCAAUCAAGCUUCAAAGCAUUGCUGGAUAUUAUCGGCGAUCCCGAAUAUGAUCCUGCCGAUGUUCGAGCUGCGCAUUGGGACGAUAUCAACAGGCAGCUUGCUAGUGACCAGCCCGGAGAAUGGGCGGAUGAUGAUGCCGGCUGGAAUCACACUCCCGUGACUAUAUCGGUACCAUAUCAUCGUCGACGUGGUGUCUCGAUGGAUCCCCAAAAUGGACCCAAAGAUUACACGGUUGUCGACUUCCAUCAUCGCAGCUUGUGCGAUAUUAUCCGGGAGAAAAUUUCAAACCCAGUGGACGCGUUGCAUUUUCACUACGAGCCAUUUCAGCUACUUUGGCAGCCUGGAGACGUUCCAAACCCCAUCCAAGUUCACGGCGAACUUUAUACGUCACCAGCAUUUAUCGAGUCCCAUCGCGAGCUGCAAGACUCCCCUCCCGAACUUGGUUGUGAUUUGCAGCGUGUCGUCGUCGCAAUGAUGUUUUGGUCAGAUGCGACGCACCUGACUAGCUUUGGAAAUGCCAAACUGUGUCCCCUCUAUCUGUUCUUCGGAAAUGAAUCCAAGUAUCACCGAUGCAAGCCCUCACGUCACCUGUGUAAUCAUGUUGCAUAUUUUCAGUCGGUUUGUAUCAUCUCCCUGAUUGUGAAUUAA